AUGAACAAAAAUUCUAUCAAGAAGCUUACGGCGAAUAAUGAGCUCAUUAACACCAAGUUUGAGGGCUAUAAACUUCAGCCUUUCCCCGAGGAAACUAAUCUCUGUCGUACUGCGCUCCCGGGAGGUCGACUGCAGAUCAACAAGCUUCCGCAUAACAACCGCAUGGGAUUCCGAGAAUUGCAAGCGCGCAUUCGUUUCAGUCAUUUGGCCGACGGUUUUCCAUUAAACGAUCAUACGGGCACGGCAUUUUACGUCGACGAUGAAUAUGCUGUCGUUAUGAUUCUCUUUGAUAAAGUGACGCGAUCGACCGAAUUCUUUCAAAUAGCUCAGCUAGUAAGACCGCUGAAUUCGGUUCCCAGUUAUACCAUACCCGAUCAAGAAAUUCCAUUGGAGUCACAGUAUCCCUCAGUCAUUGCGCUAAAUUCGGGACUAGUGCUCGCAUGUAACGGCAUUGGCGAUAUCGAGCUCAUUGGUCUCGAAGCGAAAUCCGAUAAUACCGUGGCUGGUGCCGUCGUUGCAUCAGCCUCCUACGAGGGAGACACCACCGAAGGCAUGACCCCUGUUCCUUGCGUUCUCUUAUCAGCUAAAAUCAUCAAGGAAAAAAUCGUCAUGAUCGUCCACAGCCGGGCUAGCGGAACAAAGACUGUUUUCAACAUUGCCACGCUCGAAAUGGAUCUUCCCAACGCGUCGUCCGUUCGACGCGCCGAUGGUGUUUAUGAAUCCAAACUCACUACGCUGCACAUUCAGCAAGGACCUGAAGUACCCGUCUAUCACGCCAUCACCAACGACGGAGAUCAUUGUAUUCUGGGCAGCGAAGUGCGAUAUGAAACAAUAAGAGGAUUAGCGACCGAUGCUGACGUGGAAAUGGAACCGGUGUGUAAAACCGAUGGGGUUGCUCCAUAUGAAUGGAUGCAAGACGACUCUGAAAUUUCGAUGGAAUUUGCUAUACCAGUGGGGGUGUCAAAGAACGCCGUGACAUGUAACUUCACGCGUGAUCAUCUCAGCUUAAUCGUCCAAGAAAAGAAUUUUACACUUUCGUACCCGUUUCGCAAGUUGUGGAGCGCGAUUCGACCUGACGAAAGUACGUGGACAAUUGAUUCCACUGCAGGAAAGCUCACGGUUUCUCUGGCUAAACAUGAUGAGCACACACGAUGGCCGCAUGUAUUUGAAAUGGAUGAUGGCAACCUUGAAAAGGUGGAUCCCAGCCGUUUACAAACCAUUGCCGAACGACUGGAAAAAUUUACAUCAGAUGUUGACGAAGAAAAUCCUCCGACGACUGCGUUUGUGCAAGCGAUGCAACACCCGGCAGCCACCGACAUGGAUGAGGAUAUUGACGAAGGGCGCGAACCUGUCUUAUUUGUCGUUUAUAACCGACAUGGACAAAAGGUCGACGAGAUCUCAUCUGGCAAUAAUGAAUGGAUAUGUCGUUCCUUCGAUACCCAUCGACAUCAUCGCGUUCUACCUACGUUUUGUGUCAAAGACGACGUCGAUGGUACCGUGUACGCCCUCAAUUUCGAAGAUGAAGAGUUGAAGGCAAAGCAUAUUGCUACAUUCAACGCAUUUGCUUUCGUGCAAGCUUCCAAGCGGGACAGUCGGUUUAUUCAUUAUGAUUUAUUGAACCAAUUUGUGACUAUCGUUGAAAGUACGCGAAAUGCUUACAUCUAUUAUCGAAGCGGCGAGAAAAACAAUGUGGAAAGGCAAACAUUGGUGGACUUGACCCAAGGCCAUGCUACCGAUGUUAUUGGGGCUCAAUUGAUCCUGGACCGGCUUUUGAUGGUGCUGACAGAGGAUGAGAUAAUCGUCAUGGAGAUUUAA